AUGGAGAGACCUGAUGAUGAGGAGCCACCAGGUGGGGUUAUAGUCAUGGAGAGGCCUGAUGAUGAGAGGUCACCAGGUGGGGUUAUAGUGAUGGAGAGGCCUGAUGAUGAGGAGUCACCAGGUGGGGUUAUAGUCAUGGAGAGGCCUGAUGAUGAGGAGUCACCUGGUGGGGUUAUAGUCAUGGAGAGGCAUGAUGAUGAGGAGUCACCAGGUGGGGUUAUAGUCAUGGAGAGGCCUGAUGAUGAGGAGUCACCAGGUGGGGUUAUAGUGAUGGAGAGGCCUGAUGAUGAGGAGUCACCUGGUGGGGUUAUAGUCAUGGAGAGGCCUGAUGAUGAGGAGUCACCAGGUGCAACAGGUGGUAAAGGGGACAGAAGAGACACCACACCUGUUCACAGCACUGGCACUCCUGAUAGCACACCAGAGAUGUUAGCAAUGCUACAGGGCUUUAUGUUGAAUCAACAGCAGCAGCAACAGAUCCAGAAGAUACAGCAGCAGAUCAGCCAGCUACAGGAGGAGGUGCAGAAAGGAAAGACAAAGCAGCAGUGUGUUUAGCAGAAGUUGCACCACAGGUUCAAAAGUGUAGUCGCAAAUGUGUACAUGUCUUUUCUGGGGCCUGGGGUUUUUCCUGACCUCAUGACCUGGUCAGCUAAAACCAUGGGUCCCAUUCAUAGGCUAUGAGUAUCAGUUCGCCAAAAAUGUACUGUCCCGAACCAAAUUUCUACUGGCCCAGACAUGGUGUAGUUUCUAAAUGCAUUAGGGUCAUGCAGGGUCAUAGGUUGGUAUGCUUUCUCUCUAUAUUAAUAGGCUAUAUUUGGUUAUUGUGAUAUGUAUUAAAAAGCUGUUUAAUAUAAUUUAGCAAUGUAAGUCGUCUAUUCUUUAGAAUUGCAUUGCAUUUAUUUUUGUAAUUUAGAGAUUUUUUUAUACAUCUCAAAAUAGGACGCUGCCCCUUUAAGCGAACUGCAUUCCAAAAAAGUAUUCCAGAAGGCUAGGCAAGAUGAAAGCUGGAAUGUAUUUUUGUAGAUUUAUUUUAGCAGACCAUCAACAGUAGCCAGCAUAUUGGUAGUAUGUUCCCUAUUGAAGAUCACUAAACCUCCAAUAAAUAAACUCAGAGAGUAGAUUGAUUAUUUUUGCUCAGGACAGCUUGCGUGUGCUGUGUGAAUGUAUCAACUGCUGUACUGCUCGAGAAGUUGUGGCUUGCGGGACAUAGUGGCAUUUGAAUGAAUGGCCAUUCAUAUACACGGGUUGGUUGUUUAGCAACAAAACCGACUCGUGCACAACCAUGGGGCAAAACAGACGGGGUUGGUUUAGAUUGUUGACAACAAGUAAGCUACAUACCUGCCAACUUUUCAAAAAACCUUGGAGUGAGAUUUUGUCCUGGGUCUGCCUGGGUCCUGCAGUCGGUGAAAAGCAAUUGCACUGCCUGCGUCUCAGAACUGCGGCCGCCUUGAUCUCAUGAGGUUAUCGUUGCCCACGUGUGCAUGACGUCAGAGAAAGUCGGGAUCAAGUCGGACACAAAUCUAACCAGCAUGCAUUGGGCGGUGAUCGCCGGUGAUCGAUUCUGCGCAGACCUGGCUCAUCUCAAAUGAGCCUCUUGUCUAGGAUCUGUCGGCAUGGUUAUACUGGCCUGUGGCCUUCUUGGAGGCCUUGAUGAUAUCGGAGGGGGGCUCCCAUUUGAAGCAGGGCUCCAGAUUGGCCAUCUUUAUGGUCAUUAUUGAGGACAGGGUGCCAUCCAAUGCUAGGCUGUUUCUUCUCUUGGUUUUGUUCAGUCCCACAACUGAAAACACCCUCUCAGCAUCUGCGUUUGCAUGGGGCAACACCAGGACAAGCUUGGCGACGGCAGCAAGCCUCUCAAAUUCUUUGGCUCCUGUCACCUAUGGAAAAUGCACCAAAACACAAUGGAAAAACAUACCUUGAUUUUUGAUUGAUUAAUACUGUAAGUAUACUGUAGGUUGAUCCAUUAACAAAGUUCAGAUAAAAACAUGCAUAAUUUGCUACAUGCAUGACACAUAUAUGCAUGCAACUAUUUUAAGCAACAGAUGUAGCCAAGCCACACCUGCCAAAAGGAAAGACAAAAAAGGAAAAAAAAAAUUACCUUGUGCUUCCGGGUUGCCAUUUCAGCCCAGAAGCUUUCCAUUUCAGUUUAGUCCUGCAGGGAUAUCAUUGGCAUGGUCUGAUAAUUUAGAAACUCCUCACCCAGAAGGUCAUGCUCCUAUGGCCCAUGGUAUGGGAGGAGAUGGGGAAACCUAUUUAUGAAAGUAGAGUUACAAGUUGUUACGUUUGAGGUAUAUAGUCAUCAACCAGCAGCAGUUCAUACACAUCUUUGAGGAGAAGCCACAUAAGAAUAUCUCAUGUGCAGUUUAGGAGUGAACACACCUCAUCAUAAAACACAGGGUAUUUUAGCUAAGAUGAUAGACAAUAAUGAGAGAAAAAAAACUAACCUUUCAACAAAGUACAGGACAUCUUCGAUGUCACUUUCAGCCCUCUGCCGUACAUCUACAAAUUGUGCGUGCUUGAUCAGUGGCUCUUCCAGUGGCAGCUUCUUAAGUGCAUAGUCCACAGCACUUGUCAGGAAACACAACACAGCUUCAUGGAAUGAAUCCACCUGCUGUGGUGUGAUGUCACCCUCAUCAAGUAAUCUGUUAAAUUUAGCCCUGGUUGUGAACCUAAUGUUCAACUUUCUUCCUGUCACAGAUACAGCAUAUCGGUAUAAGGUACAAGGCUAAAUAUCACAUAUCACAGUGUUUGAUCAUAAUAAUAGUCAAAUACUAACCUGGUAAAUGGUUUGCCUUUUCUUUAAAGGCAAUUUUACAAGGCUCCUCAUGGCACUGCAGAGCUGCUGGAACCAUAAACUUGGAACAUAGCUUGCGUUCGAAUUUCACCAUCUAUAACAGACAUUUACAAAAAUAGUAGGUGAAACCUGUUUUAGAGGAUCCCUGCAGAUAUCAGCAAGAAACACAGAAUGGAAAAAAAACAGCAAAAUCCAAUCCCACCUCAUCAUGUAACAAAAAUAUUGAUGACUGCUCUCUCUGAAGCAGCAAGUUGAAAGAAGUGAAAGUUGGUACGGUGGCUAAGAAGAACAGCAGGUAUACUUCUAUUGCACACAUUUCCUGUAUUUAUGUUAAAUUCUUUGGAAUACAUCUUACCUGUUCGAAAUCAGCUGAGUUUACAUUCACCACACUAAAUCAUGUUCACAAGCACAAACAAAUAAUUUCUUUCAAGAUUUAAAGUUUAAGAGAGUGAGUACUCAAUUGGACGACAUUUCAUUGUUACAUACCUAGUCUCAGCUCAGCUUCUUAUCAGACUUCUUGAGGUAGUGACCGAUAGCACGACUUUUCUGCGUGUAGUCUUCAAUGGUUUUCAAUGGUAGACUGCAGAACUGAGGCUUCGCAAAGGUCAAUGUGGAUCUUGAAUCUAAUGGCGGUGGAAUCAAGGAGAAUUGGACUAUUGUCCAAAAGAAUGGACAACGGAGCAAAGUAGCGUACAGUGCUGAGAAUGUCCCUUCGUGUCUUGUAGGAGUACAGUUUGUUAAUGAGGAGCAGCUGAUUGGAUUACCAAUCUUGGAGAAACCAUUUGAGAUAUCCAAACUGGUGGAGAGAGUACUGGGUACAGUGAAGGCUGUGAGGAUCACUAGAGGCGGGCUUGUUUAGACUUUUUUGUACUUCUGAGGAUCAGAAGGAAUGUGUGUUGCGUCUCACCCGAUUUGAGAAGUUUGACUUGUCGUGUGUCUCUUCGGAACAGGGCACCCCUCAAGGGGGUAACAUCUGACAUCUCGUGGGAAGUCGAUGUUGCAGAGAUUAAAAAUAUUCCUGUAGUGAUUGAUGUACGUCGGAUGAAUCAUGUGGUGAAUGAAGAAAAAGUGUAUCUGUUCUUUUGUUUUUUGAUAUGGAGUCUCUCCCUACUCAAGUGCAGUUGGGGUAUAUAAACUACAGAGUCAGAGCACUUAUCCCAAGACCAAUGCAGUGUGAUCACUGUAAAGCUUUUGGACAUGUUUCAAGUGUUUGCAGAAGAGAGAAGCCGAGAUGUCCAAGUUGUGGAAAAUAUCAUAUCAUGUGUUUUAAAAGUGAUGAAAAUGUGACAUGUUGCAAUUGUGGUGGGAACCAUGAAGCCACGUCUUUUGAAUGCCCGACAAGGGUGAAAGAGAAUGAGGUGGCCAAAGUCAGGGCUGUCCAGAGCAUUUCAUAUGCAGCGGCUGUUAAAAGGGUUCAGGGUUGAAUGGUGCUCCUAAAGAGUCUAUGAUGGUGGAUAGGCCUUCACUGAAAGCUGCAGGGGUUACCUUACACCAGCAGGACCCAGAUAUUUUAAAGGUUAAGAAGGUGGACUUUGUGGCCUUUAUAGCUAUGGUGAUUAAUGGUACUGCCAAGGUGGAGAGGAAGUCCAGGAAAAUAGAUAUAAUUGUGGAUGCGGCGGAGCGGUUCAUGGGACUGAAAAGCUUCUCAGCGGAGGAGUUGCAUGGAGUAUUGUCACAAUCCGUGCCAGCCUCUCAGGCCCCAGAGCCUGAGAAGGGAGAUGUGAAGGAAGGAAGAAGUGGGAGUUUUGUGUUUGAUUUUUGUUUUGUCAAUGUACUGUUUUUAUUUGGGUGGAUUAAGUUAGUUUUCCCUAUCAAGUAUGUAUGUUUUUUCAAUCCUGUCCAGUUGGUGGCGGCAAUACACCUUUUGGGGUUGUAGUCCGCCAUAAAACCCACAGAAGAAGAAUGGUAGACUGCGACAGAGCAGGUAAACAUUGAACUGUCUCGGUUGGUGCUGCUGCUCUGAAAGUGGUGUAGCAGGACCACACCAGAUUGAAAAGUACUGGAGCAAAUGUGGUCUCGCCACAAGCUUUCCGGCAGCUCUGGUGUUUAGUAUUUAGUAUUUUAUUAGGAUCCCCAAUUAGCUGCUGCCAAGGCAGCGGUUACUCUUCCUGAGGUCCAAACAGGAAACAGCACAACAAAUAAAAUACAUAACAUACAUAGCACUACAUGUACAUUUCUACUGGCAGAGGGGUCACGACCUGGCUAUCAUAAGGUUGUCUCGCCUGGCUAUCGUAAGAUGAAUGCAUUAGCUGUGGGACGCUCUGGAUGGGAGCGUCUGCUAAAUGACUCAAUUGUAAGCUUCAGUCACCAGAUGAGUUGUUCAACAUGCAGCUCUUUAAGGAUAAAGACACAAUACACAACAAUUAAACUCUGCAUAUGUUCAUUCUGCAUAAGAACCACUUUCUGCAUGUAUGCUGAUGUACAAUACUAUAUCUCACCCUUCAUUCUAGGCCCAGCAGAUGAGGUAUUAGGUGAACACCUUGACAAGAAAGGCCCAGCAGAGGAGGUAUUAGGUGAACACCUUGACAAGAAAGGCCCAGCAGAGGAGGUAUUAGGUGAACACCUUGAUAAGAAAGGCCCAUCAGAGGAGGCAUUAGGUGAACACCUUGACAAGAAAGGCCCAGCAGAGGAGGUAUUAGGUGAACACCUUGAUAAGAAAGGCCCAGCAGAGGAGGUAUUAGGUGAACACCUUGACAAGGAGGAGGAAGCAGAGAUGGUAAGACACACUUCCAUCGUUUACAUCCUCAGUGGUCAUGCUGAUCAUGUUCCUGUAAUGUGUUAUGUUUUUUCAGUUUUCUUUACAUCACUCCGGCUUUAGAAAUCACUCCUCCAUUAACUGGUUGCUAAAAUUCUAAACUGGCUCAUUUCAAUUUAUGUGACAAAGCAAGCAAUAUAUAGUGUAGAGAAUCAUUGUAACGUCUAAACUGCAGUGAAAUAUCUUUGGAAUAACCAAAAAUAUUGUAUUUUCAACUGUUUGAAGCUGGUGUACAAAACAAAAGGAAAAUUAUGCAAAAAAGGAAACUUAAGGAUGGGAAGCAUAGACAUGGGCAGAGACUUGAGUCUUGAGUCACGUGACUUGGACUUGAGUACUACUCGAGUUGCACAUUUUGUGACAUGCCAUUUGACUUCGACUUGAGCAUCUAUGACUCAUGAUUUAACAUGGACUUGAGCUGUAUGACUCGAGAUUCUAUUUGUCAUCUCGCUCACAAUAUUGGAGUGCUGCAGAUUCUGUGCGUUGUGAUGAUGCCCUGAUGCAGAGGUGGCACCACAGGUCCCAGAGUGGUGGGGCAAAUUGUUUUCCCUGGGACCCAGAUCUUUUCCUAAUCUGGUAACCUAACCAGGUAUAAAUCCGGACCCUAUAGGGUCUGACAGUGAUUCAUUAGUUGUAAAAAAAUAUAUAUAUGGGCAAUGAUGGGAGUAGGACCCGAUUUACAUUUUAGUCAUUUAGCAGACGCUCUUAUCCAGAGCGACCGACAGGAGCAAACAGGGUUAAGUGCCUUGCUUAAGGGCACAUCGGCAGAUUUUUCACCUAGUUCGAACCAGUGGCCUUGAGCACUCGAAACCCAAAAUUAGGAACUUGUGACUUGACUCGACCUGAGCUUAAACACUUUGAAGUUUGACGUUUGGAAUUUUUUUUACAUUUGUUGUUCGAGAAACAUGGAUGAACGUCUAAUUCUGAGGUGAGACUGUGAGAACUUGUUGAUCUUUCCACCUGUUAAGAAGGUGAAAUAUCUAGAUAAAAACAAAAAGCUUCCAGCAGAGCAUCAGUUCCGAGUUCCGACACCUGUCAGAUUGUAGUGUGAUGUCUGAAGCUUCGAACGUCAUCAUCAGCAUCAGUACAUUAUAUCAAGUAGUAGGCAUCAUGCAAGACUACAAAUCCCUGCAUGCUCCAUCACGUCAUCUCUAGCUGUCAGCUAGCUAGAUGGCUACAAGCUACAAAAGCAAAAAUGUGUUUACAUCCCUGUUAGUGAGAUUUCUCCUUUGCCAAGAUAAUCCAUCCACCUGACAGGUGUGGCAUGUCAAGAAGCUGAUUAAACAGCAUGAUCAUUACACAGGUGCACCUUGUGCUGGGGACAAUAAAAGGCCGCUCUAAAAUGUGCAGUUUUGUCACACAACACAAUGCCACCUAGAGGGAUGGUUGGCCAUGGAAUAAACAAAAUGAGGUGCUGGUGUGUUUCCCCUUUUAGGUCUUUGUCACAAAUAUCUAGCCCUUGUCCAGUCAUACUCAGGGUCUCAUCGUGUGUCCCUCGCAGGCAUUCUGUCUUAGUUGCAGCAGUCAAAUCGUGCUCAUCGUGUGUCUGUGAAUCACAACAUUAAAGACGAUGAGUGAUCACAGCAUUUCCACAAAUUGAGCCAUACACAAUACAACUUAAGCAUUGGGGCCAGAAUUUUUGUUGACAACAUGAUGGUUUACACUAUGCCUAGUGUGUGUAUAUGAUGGACGAAUCUUACCCCAGCUGUAGGUCCAUUUGAGUGUGUGGUCACUUAGGCCUGAACAUCAACCAGUACUGGGACCAUUGGAGACAUGGGAUGCUCGCUCUCAAAGUGCUGCUUGAAUGUCUUCGGGUCUGCGUCUAUAAAGGUCAAGUAUAAAAUGGAGAAAGUUAAUAAUCUGUGGCAGAGAUUGAAUUCAAAGUUGACACAAAUGAUAAACCAAGCAAUAACUGAUAGAUACACACACUACAUGUUAAUGUUUUUAAAUGUAUGUCAAUUGUAAAGUAUUUUGUCUGUAAUGUCGUGUUCGUUAUGUGUUGUACCCUAGUAAGACUAGCUGUUGCCAUUGGCGUCUGCUAAUGUGGACCCUAAUAAAUCAAAUCAAAAGGCCAGUACACAUGGAGAGGAACCUAAAGGCACAUACAGUAACAACCAAUACUACUCAACCGACAGACAGAGCAGGUGUGGACCAGUGCUGCCUUGACUGCAGUCUUCUGGUCCGCAGCUGCUCCCUUCAUCUUGGCAGCUGCCGCCUUGGCAUCAGUCAACAAGUUCAACUUCAACUUGAGUUGAAGGAGGGAAGGAGAGAGGGAGAGGAGAGGAGAGGAGAGGAGAGGAGAGGAGAGGAGAGGAGAGGAGAGGAGAGGAGAGGAGAGGAGAGGAGAGGAGAGGAGAGGAGAGGAGAGGAGAGGAGAGGAGAGGAGAGGAGAGGAGAGCCCAUAGUCCAGAAUAAUGACUUUAAAGGGUGGACAGCUCCAGAUCUGAAUGGCAGGAGUGUGUAUAAGCUUUUGUUCCAGCCCAGCUCAUACCUGAUUACAAAUCAUAACUGUGAUUUGUUAUGUUCAUUAUUUAAAUCAGGUGUUAGAGCUGAGCUGGGAAGAUGAAAACAACUUGACACACUCCUGCUCUUCAGGACUUCCUGCAAUGACUGAAACAGACCAAAAGAGGAGAAUAGUGUUCCAGGUUGAAACACUUUACCUAGUUGAGAGGUGAUGAGACUCAGGCCCACCCAUUGGUUUGCAAUUUGGCAUCAAUAACAUGACAGUAAUUCUACCUCAAAACCUGUGAAUACCAAUUAAUUUAUAACCCACCAUAGCAGGUAGGACUAAAUAAGGUUACAUAACUAAUGAUCUGCUAUCCAGGGGGUAUCAGCAAACAGAUCAACGUCUUCCCGCAGUAAAGUAAGCACACUUGACUCAAGAGAGGAUGCUAAUCAGUCCAUCUAGGAAACCUUUCAAAAAGCCAGACCAGAAUAAUACAGCUAGCUAGCCCUUUCCAGCCGGAGCAUUCUAAUUUCGAAAUAAUAGGUACAAUGGUUUAAAGUUACACUAUGCAGAAAUUGCUCCGCCAUUUCCUGGUUGCUAAAAUUCUAAUAGUUCACCUAAUUUCACUUUAUGUGACAAAAUAAGCUAGUAUAGAGUAGUGAAUCAUUGUAAAUAAUAUAAUAUAAUAAUAUGCCAUUUAGCAGAUGCUUUUAUCCAAAGCAACUUACAGUCAUGCGUGCAUAAUUUUUUUUGUGUAUUGUACCAUCUAAACCACUGUGAAAUAUAUUUUCCAUAACCAAAAAUAUUGUAUUUUCUGCUUUUUGAAGCUGGUUUACAAAACCGAAAAUAAGACACAAAAACGAAAUGUAACAACAGGAAGCAUAGAAAUGCCACACAUAGAACAGGUCUACCACUUCUUAGACAGGCUUUCAAUGAGAAUUACAGAUCUAUAAUUAACAUUUCUAUGUGAAUUUGGUCAGGUCGCUCAAAAAGUUACAUACUGACACUUUAAAGCAUUAAUAACACUGACGCCCAAUCACCAAUUUUAUUUCAGAAAAUUGCCAUUUACACAUGACAACAUGAGCUACACACAGAUAUAAUUGGUUUAAGGCUUUAUGAGCGGGAACUUUUUUUUUUUACUUCAAUGAAAAGUCACGGAGCAAAUCCUCCAUUUACCUCACUGACCACGUUUACAUGCACACCAAUAUCCCGUUAUUAUUCGGGAUACUCAAGUAUUCUGUUUUUGAGUUGACGCAUAUACAGUGGGGAAAAAAAGUAUUUAGUCAGCCACCAAUUGUGCAAGUUCUCCCACUUAAAAAGAUGAGAGAGGCCUGUAAUUUUCAUCAUAGGUACACAUCAACUAUGACAGACAAAUUGAGAAAAAGAAAUCCAGAAAAUCACAUUGUAGGAUUUUUUAUGAAUUUAUUAGCAAAUUAUGGUGGAAAAUAAGUAUUUGGUUCCUACAAACAAGCAAGAUUUCUGGCUCUCACAGACCUGUAACUUCUUCUUUAAGAGGCUCCUCUGUCCUCCACUCGUUACCUGUAUUAAUGGCACCGGUUUGAACUUGUUAUCAGUAUAAAAGACACCUGUCAACAGUCACACUCCAAACUCCACUAUGGCCAAGACCAAAGAGCUGUCAAAGGACACCAGAAACAAAAUUGUAGACCUGCACCAGGCUGGGAAGACUGAAUCUGCAAUAGGUAAGCAGCUUGGUUUGAAGAAAUCAACUGUGGGAGCAAUUAUUAGGAAAUGGAAGACAUACAAGACCACUGAUAAUCUCCCUCGAUCUGGGGCUCCACGCAAGAUCUCACCCCGUGGGGUCAAAAUGAUCACAAGAACGGUGAGCAAAAAUCCCAGAACCACACGGGGGGACCUAGUGAAUGACCUGCAGAGAGCUGGGACCAAAGUAACAAAGCAUACCAUCAGUAACACACUACGCCGCCAGGGACUCAAAUCCUGCAGUGCCAGACGUGUCCCCCUACUUAAGCCAGUACAUGUCCAGGCCCGUCUGAAGUUUGCUAGAGUGCAUUUGGAUGAUCCAGAAGAGAAUGUCAUAUGGUCAGAUGAAACCAAAAUAUAACUUUUUGGUAAAAACUCAACUCCUCGUGUUUGGAGGACAAAGAAUGCUGAGUUGCAUCCAAAGAACACCAUACCUACUGUGAAGCAUGGGGGUGGAAACAUCAUGCUUUGGGGCUGUUUUUCUGCAAAGGGACCAGGACGACUGAUCCGUGUAAAUGAAAGAAUGAAUGGGGCCAUGUAUCGUGAGAUUUUGAGUGAAAACCUCCUUCCAUCAGCAAGGGCAUUGAAGAUUAAACGUGGCUGGGUCUUUCAGCAUGACAAUGAUCCCAAACACACCGCCCAGGCAACGAAGGAGUGGCUUCGUAAGAAGCAUUUCAAGGUCCUAGAGUGGCCUAGCCAGUCUCCAGAUCUCAACCCCAUAGAAAAUCUUUGGAGGGAGUUGAAAGUCCGUGUUGCCCAGCGACAGCCCCAAAACAUCACUGCUCUAGAGGAGAUCUGCAUGGAGGAAUGGGCCAAAAUACCAGCAACAGUGUGUGAAAACCUUACAGAAAACGUUUGACCUGUGUCAUUGUCAACAAAGGGUAUAUAACAAAGUAUUGAGAAACUUUUGUUAUUGACCAAAUACUUAUUUUCCACCAUAAUUUGCAAAUAAAUUCAUAAAAAAUCCUACAAUGUGAUUUUCUGGAUUUUUUUCCCUCAUUUUGUCUGUCAUAGUUGACGUGUACCUAUGAUGAAAAUUACAGGCCUCUCUCAUAUUUUUAAGUGGGAGAACUUGCACAAUUGGUGGCUGACUAAAUACUUUUUUCCCCCACUGUAACACAUCAUAUCCUGUUUACAAUAACCCGAAAAAAGCUUGUAUUCCGAUUACGAGAAAUGCCUGGGAUAUGCUGAUCUUAGGGAUACCAUGGCAUGUAAACAUCUUAUCCAGUUUAUUGUUGUUUUUCGCGGUCUGCGUAGGCUCAGUUCAGCAUAUCAUGAGUGUUGUUUGAGGAUGUUUUCAUCUGAUUGUCAAACAAAUCACUGCGCAGUUCAAUUCACCGUAAUUCCAUAAUAAUAUACAGUGGGGAAAAAAAGUAUUUAGUCAGCCACCAAUUGUGCAAGUUCUCCCACUUAAACAGAUGAGAGAGGCCUGUAAUUUUCAUCAUAGGUACACGUCAACUAUGACAGACAAAUUGCUAUGAGAAAUUGAGCUCAGUUGCAUCCUGUUUCCAUUGAUCAUCCUUCAGAUGUUUCUACAACUUGAUUGGAUUCCACCUGUGGUAAAUUCAAUUGAUUGGACAAGAUUUGGAAAGGCACACACUUGUCUAUAUAAGGUCCCACAGUUGACAGUGCAUGUCCGUAGAGCUCCGAGACAGGAUUGUGUGUCGAGACACAGAUCUGGGGAACUGUACCAAAACAUUUCUGCAGCAUUGAAGGUCCUCAAGAACACAUUGGCCUCCAUCAUUCUUAAAUGGAAGAAGUUUGGAACCACCAAGACUCUUCCUAGAGCUGGACGCCCGGCCAAAUUUAGCAAUCGCGGGAGAAGGGCCUUGGUCAGGGAGGUGACCAAGAACCCGAUGGUCACUCUGACAGAGCUCCAGAGUUCCUCUGUGGAGAUGGGAGAACCUUCCAGAAGGACGACCAUCUCUGCAACACUCCACCAAUCAGGCCUUUAUGGUAGGUUUUCUGACAUGGUUUUCCUGCCUGGCAGAUAUCUAUUUAUACUGUUGUACCGUUAGAUACUAAAGUAGUUAGCUAGCUAGAUUACAAAAUUACAAAAUUGUAAUUUAGCUAGAUAGGAUGCCAUUAUUUGUGUUUGGUCCACCAUUACUUUCCCUCAUCAUCUGAUGGCACACAACCAUGUGAUGGAUGAGCCUAUCUUGAAACAAGCAAUGUGUGAAAGUGUUUGCUGUAAAUCAGAUAAUGUCAUUCUGGUUACCCUAUAGCCCUUUAGUGACUCAAAAUGUUUUUUUUAUAGUAUGUGUUAUGGAUUCAUGAAAUAAUAAAUUCUCUCUCUGUCUCUCUCGGUCUCUCUCUGUCUCUUUCUCUCUCUCCUUCUCUGUGUGGUGGACUGUCGGCUCUCAGACCAUCGUGAGGAGGACACUAGAAGCUGUUCCCACGAUGACAAGGACAGGCAGGAACUGGAGCGAGUGACUGGACAACAUGCUGCUGAGGCUGCAGACAGGGCUGAGGGACAAUCACACCCUCACAGGACACACCCAUACAGGACACACCCACACAGGACACACCCUCACAGGACACACCCACUCAGGACACACCCUCACAGGACACACCCUCACAGGACACACCCUCAUAGGACACACCCUCACAGGACACACCCUCAUAGGACACACCCUCACAGGACACACCCUCACAGGACAGUUUUACUAGCAGUGAAACAGAAUGUGAUCUUGCAAGAUCAGGCUGGUUUAGGGAGGUUAUAGAAAUACAGUAUGCUUGAUGCCAACUGAUGGCUGUCCCCCCUCCCCCAGGUUGAAAACACAGUAUACUUGAUGCUUAUUUCCUGUCCCCCUCCCCCCAGGUUUAA